CACCGAGCAAGCCGGGUUGCCUGUCUUUCAUUCAUCACCGGAACUGUGCAGCUCGUGCAUCAGCCGUGAUACCGUCGUCUCGUCUGCCAUCCUGUCUCCUCCGACCAACGACACCAAGGACACCUCGGCCGGCCAUCACCCGCGGCGGGGCUGCGUGGGAAAAAUGACAUGGAGCCUGCUAUCGCGCAACAGAGUGGUUUGCGUAUGUGUUUGCGUCGGCAAGGAGCCUACUGGCAUGAAGCACUGGAGCCAAGGAUCUACCCAGGAGACAUGAAUGAUUUUGGUGCCCAUGUUCUCAUCACACCAACAGGAUAAUCUACUGAAGACAUGUUAUUUCAAGAUGAAGAUCGAUACCAGCCUGACUAUGCUCCAGCUGCCCGAGGCGCUGUCCCAGGCAGGCCUCCAGUUCUCUGUAGCCACCGAAGAGGACUUUGAUGAGAUCAUGGCUAUGAGCCAGGACAUCUAUGGAGGGCUCGACUACCUGCCCACUAGGUACACCAACUGGCUGCAGGAGACCAACCGUACAGUCAUAUUGGCCCGCAAACAAGGAAAAGUGAUUGCUCUGGAGUCAGUGUGUGUGAUUGACGACGGGGAGACUAUGCUGGUGGAAGGUUUACGUGUUGCCCCUCAGGAAAGGGGCAAGGGUGUGGCUGGAGUUCUGCUGCGUUUUUGCUGCGAGCUGGUCAAAUCUAAGUACCCUGAUGUCAAAGUAACACGCUUGACCCGUGACGAUCAGCUUGGACCAAAGGAUUUCCAGAAGUAUCGCCUCAUAACCAAGCAGGGUAUUCUGCUGGUGCGCUUCAGAGCUGAAGACCUCAAGUAUCGUCUGUCUGAGCUCGGUCUGGGUGGAGACAUCCAAUCCACUUUGUCCACCUCUUCCAACCCUCCUCCGGUGCGUCUUGACCACACAGCUGUCCACCAGCUGUAUCUGACCACUGACCUGCUGCAGGGGCUCCUUCCUAAUGGCACCAUCAUUCAAGACUGGCAGCCAUUCAAGCUUUUGCCCAGUAACAUGGCCAUUCUGCUGAAGAAGGACAUUGACUGGAUGGUGGAUGAUGUGUCCAACCCUACUGUGGCCAGCCUUUGUACCUUCCCUUUUAGGGUUCCCAUUGGAGAUGACUGGUAUUACCUGAACAUUGACAUGUUCGGUAAAGACCUGGACCUGGCUCGGCAGCAGUUCCUGUGCCACCUUUACCGCCACACUGCCAACCUGACGGGUCACGUGAUGUGCCAGAUGUUCCUGGACCCACCACUCUGGAAGGCCAUGGCCGAAUUCUGUCGCAACACAUUGAGCGUGGAGCUGGUGAAGGAGUACACCGAGCAAUGCGUGGUGGAGUCAGACGUCGUCUAGUUACAGAAGGAGGAUGGGAAACGAGUAGAAGACGAAGGAGCCAGAAUGAAGACAUGGGUCUAAACAACAAGGAAUGGACAACUCAAUUACACCUAACAGAAAAACACAACCCUCUGUACUGAGGAGAUAGAAACCAAGCAAACAAAAUGUAGUUUCUACAAAACAACAACUUCAAAGAGUGCAAGUUAGAUUUAACAAUACGCAAUCAAAUACAGGGAGUGGACAUAAAAUCAUGAAAACAUCAUGUAAUCAGCUAGCUUAAAGAUUAAUAUUCAAUUGGGGUCAAAGGUGUUGAUACUACUUUACAGUCAUUAGUACUAUUUUUAAGGCUGUAGUUUUGAGGUGUACUUAAUAUUUCAUGCCCACAAUGUAUAUAAAGAGGAGGGACUAAAUAACAAACACCCCUUAGUAGAGGUCUUCACAGGUUAAAACAUUUGAAAACAUAAUCAAAUCAAUCAAUUUUUUUAAAUAGACCCAAUUGGAAAAGGGGUUCCAAGAGCAGUCAGACUCAAUUUGAAUAGCCAGAGGAUAAUUGGCUGCAUUUUCAAGAUCGUUUACAAUUGGUCAGCAGUGCACAUUUUUGCAAAUGAUGGUGCAUUUUCGGUCCAAAACAUCAGUGUUAGUUGUUCAGUGUUCAUUGGACUGCAUUAGGGGUUAGUCCAAUGUCACAGCACUACAAACUAUAGCCUUAAAAGGGACAUAUAGAGUUUAGUAAAUCAGCUUCUUAGCUUAUGACAAAUUUUAUAACAAUGACUGCAUAGUGUUUUCGUAUUAUAUCCACCCUCUGUAUGUCGUAUGACAAGAAAAUGUGUAAUAAGAGUGAUGAGCUUGGGAAGGCUAUCUCACACCGGUAGCAGUGAUGUAACCUAAAACCUAAAAAACAGUCAACAUGCAAAUGCUAUUCUUUGAAGAUUUUUUUUUAAGUACCCUUAGGGCAUCUCAAACUUUUCAUCUCUGUUAUUUCUGUAAAUAUGAACCUUCUAAAUAUAUACGCAAGCUGAGUUGGGUUACUAAAUCUGCACAACUCUGAAGGCACUUUAUUAAAAUUACACAGACUGGUUGUGUCUACGUUAGAAUGAAAAGGAAUAGUUCAGGAUCAAAUCGGGGUAAUUUACAGAUCCCAUCGCUCAAAUGUUAUGGGUGCAUCUAUUAAAUAAUAUUACCUUAGGGACAUCAUUAACAAAUCUCUGCAGAAACAACAAACAAAGCCUGUCAUCGAAAUGAAUAUCAGUCCCAAAAUGGCUGACAAUUUAUCCUUCGUUAUGGUCAAGCUUAUGUCUUAGCUUUUGUCUUUUUAUUGUUUCAAAUCCUUUACUGU